UGAAAACAAAGAAGGCUGCUCUGGAGCCUGAUGGGCAUGGCCCGCUUAUCUUUUUCACGACAUCCUUCAAGUUAUAAAGCAGUCUAUCAGGCAAUGUCGGCCAUUUGUAAGUCCCACCAGCUGCUGGAUGCAUCACAGAUACUUCAACAGCAUGUUCAAAUACUAUAGAGGUUAUUUCACCAGGAUAUUUGAUGCCAUCGUAAUUUACCAAAACCCAUUCUCCAACACUGUAAGUGUCGUCAGUCACACCUGUAAAUAAAAAUAUAAAAAUAAUCACAAGAAUAAUAACUUUAUAAUAUGUUAUUCAUUUUAGUAAGCCGCCUAAAAAACUUACCUCCAAUGUUGUAAUUGUGUAGGUACAUCUUCGGUUAUUCCUUCAUAAUGUGUAUUCUCAAAGCCACUUUCAUCGACACGGCCAUUUGGUUCACUUUCAUUUUCUCCGUUUAUUUCAUUGUCUUUCCUGUAAUAACUUUCCAUGUUCUUUUUAGGCUUAUAUCCUUCACCAAGAAAGAAAUGGACACAUUUUUGUUGGCAGCUGAAGCAGCUUGAACUUCUGAAUUGCAGACCGCUACUACUCUUCCUUGAGCAGUAGACAACUUGAUGAACCUGUGGGAACACCAGGAUGAAGUCAGUAGGUGUGUUGGUGACUGCUAUGAAGAACUGCAUCGAAUUUGGACGGAUUGUGGCUACGAUGAGGGAACAUGUGAGAAGAGGCGUGGCGUAGUUGUGAAUCAUGUUAAGUUGCUUUUAAAAGACAUGGUGAAAGAAGAAACUGGACUUAAAAACAUUCUGAUAUCAAAAGUGGAAGAAGCACUUAAGGAAAUAACAUCUCUGUCCAAGGAGCUGCGCUGUGAUAUUCCUACCACUAGCUAUGAAAAUCUGCCAUUGAACAGAAUGGAGAAAGCAUUGAGGAGCACCAUAGAAGAACAUCGUCAGAUAAAGCGGGCAAUACUGAACAGACUGGCAGAGCUGAAAGAGAAGGAGAAAAUCAUCUGCAAGUCAUUGGCCAUUGACCCUGUCCAUUUUGCAGACAGAGUGCCCACACAGCAAGAGCUAGAUGAUUUUGAGCAGUAUUUGAAUGAUCAAAAACAAGAAAUGGCUCAACUGGAAAGUGUUUUCAAGAAAAGAAGACUUGAUAUAAUCACUUUGGUUAAGGAACUAGAAUGGAGUCCCUCUCUCCAGUUCGAAAAGAGUGUAGUUAAUGAUGAUGGUUCAUUUGUUUUUUCUGAUGCAAACAUGAGAGAACUAGAGAAUCUGCAUCAAAGAUUGAGCAAAGAUCUGCAGGAGCGACAAGCAUUGGUUUUAGAGCUACGUACAAAAUUGACAGAACUUUGGGACAGACUCUCGCAAGGUAUAGAGUACAGAGAGAAGUUUCUAUCAAGUGUUCGUGGCUGUGGAAUGAGCACAGUCGAUAAGUUAAAAAGUGAACUGACUCGGCUGGAGGAAAUAAAACGUCAGAACAUAAAGAAGUUUGUGGAGUACGCGAGGAGGGACUUGGAAGAGUGGUGGCAGAAGUGCCACUUGUCGGAGCAGCAGAAGCUCAGCUUCAUCCCCUACCACUCGGACUGCUACACCGAGGACCUGCUGGAGCUGCACGAGCUGGAGGUGCAGAAGCUCAAGUAUUUCCACCAGUCCAACAUUGAUAUAUUUCAACUUGUGCAAGAACGACAAAAUCUGUGGGACAGAAUGCUUUAUAUUGAAAACUGCACUCACGAUAAAAACCGUCUGUUUGGUAACAGAGGUGGAAAGUUGUUACAAGAGGAGCGUGAACGCAAGAAAAUCCAGAAGGAUUUGCCAAAGAUUGAGAAGAACUUGCUAGAUUACUUGAAAGUAUACGAAAAGAAACACAAGGCCCCCUUCAUGUUAGAUGGUCAGGUACUAUCUGAAGUGAUCAAAAACCAGUGGAAAGAACGUGAAGAGAACAAAGAACACGAAAAGCAGGCUAGGAAGAAACUGCGCGACCAAGAAAGUGCUGUGGAGUCGAGGUUCGGUGCGAGGAGUGCCAGUAAAGACAGCACUGGCAAGCGCAAGAGGGGCGCCACUCCAACUCCAACCACGCCCAGCUCUCGCAAGCAGCCAAAGCUAAUGUCCGGCAACCCAACUCCUUUGACAUCCAGCUCUCGCAAGGGGAAGACGUGGCGGCCUAAAGAAGAUCCAGAACGAAUCAGAAAGGCCGUGAGGAAGUCCCUGCGGCUGAGCGGCCACUUCCCGAGGCCUGGCUCAAGCCAAGGGUCCCCUCAGCCGAGCAUGAGCUGCCUUGUCCCCACCAGAGAUCAGAGCAUGGCCUCCACUGCUCUCUCAUACACACAUUUCAAGGGUCAGCUAGAACUACUCAAUACAGAAUCAGAGUGUCGCAGUUCUGUGAAACCAGGGGCUAAAAGUGAGACUCCGUUGAAGCCGUCACGGCGAGCGCUGACCCCAAGGAAUUUUGAAACCCCGAGGGUGGCGGCAGCCAGACUCCAGACUCCCGCCAUGAAGACUCCUCAGGGCAGAGCGCCUGCACCCCCGCGGCUCACGACGCCUCGCGUCAAGAUGCCAUUCCUUAUCUGAGUGUCACCUGACUGCCCAAAUGUAAAUAAUGUACAGCUUUUUUUACACGAUUUUGUUAUUUAUCUUCUUCUGUUCAGCAAAUGUAUCUUCUAGUGUUUGCACUUGUAAUAUUAUUUGUAUGUUUGUUCAUAUGUUGUAGAUAGGAAUAACUAAUGUUAAUUUUAAUUCUCGCCACUGUAUUUUGUAUUUGGCUUCAUUAGUGUUAUGCGGUAUUACAAGAUAUUACAAAAUAAUCCUGCAGAUAUCAUAAAUUUGCUUUAAAAAAAAAAAAAGAUUUAAUUACUCCUGAAGGAACAGUCAGGCAAGUUUAAAAUACAUACAAAGUAAAUCCUUAAAUGGCUCAAAAUCACUAAGGUGGAAAAUUUGCUUUCCCAAGAAAUUAAUUACUGAGAUCGUUACUUUAUUGAGUUAAUGAACAUAUCUGUGCAUUAACAAUAUACUUAAUAACUGAGUUAUAUUUUCGAGGAUUUUAAUAUAUUUACAUGGAAAGGCAUUACAGGAACAUGUCCUAAUCUACGAUAUUAGAAACUUAUCUUCAUGAAGUCACAUAAAACGCUAUACAGCCGCUCCUCGAAAUAAUGCUGUUAGAUUUGUGUGGUUAUGAGUACCAAUAAAUUACUGCAUUAUUUCAAGUAAAAACUAUUUUCAGCUACAUGAAUUUUUAUUUCAUUGCAUAAACAAUGGCAACUGCAUUUGUCUAAAAUUAAACAUAAUGCAAUGAAUAAUACUAAUGCAAAUGAAAGUUAAUACCCAUUCCUUAAUAGCUAUUUGCUUCCUUCAUUGCCUAUUUACGUGAACCCAAUUAAAAUGACAAAGUAACCUCAAACUUUUUACAUUAACCGCAUGUUUAUUUAAUAUCAUUUCGUGAACAUUUCCGGACAUGAUGACACGUUCUCAAACUGAUGAUUUUGUUUUCAAAAUGGAUUCUCUGGCAAAUUGCCACAUUCCCGAAUUUAUGAACAAUUGAUGUACGCUUUAUGAAUAAUGACUUGAAAGGUACUUACCAAUGAAUGAUAAUUUAAUUAGCGCGAAACACACACUCAGCCAGUUAUGUUAUUGUUUGCUCCCACUAUUGGAGUCAGUCACCUUGUGGGUGUGUUGACUUUAAAUUAUUUUCGGGCAAUUACAUCUGUGUUCUCAGAAAUGACGCAAGCAUUUCCGGACAAACUAUUUUAGCAAAUUUAUAUUUAAAAUUAGAUUUUUUUUAAAUGAUACUAGCAAAAUCUAUUUUUUUAGGCAUAAAAUUCUUGAUACUAGUAAUAUAAACAAUUGAAUAUUAUAAAUUUGAUUUUGAUAUGACUAAAUGAAGAUAGUUUUUAAUUUUUUACGUUAGGACGUGUUCUCAUAAUGACUUUCCAUGUAAAUAUACUAAAAUUGUUGAAAAUUUGAUUAAAUUUUGAAGUAUAUUGUGUGAUAUAUAGAUAAAAUGAAUUCAUUUCUUGGCAAAGCAAAUUUUACACCUUAGUAAAUUUGAGCCAUUUAAGGAUUUACUUUGUAUGUACUUUAAACUUGCCUGACUGUUAGUCUUCUAUACUUCAACUAGUGGUUUAGAUGUAAAUGCUGCAUACCUAAUACCCAUAAACAAACAUAUGGUAGCCAUCAACUUACAAAUGAAAAUGUUCAUCAAUCAUUUCUAAGUUAAUUUAGGACUAAUUUUUAAUAAUUUUUUUUAUUUUAAAUGUGGAAAUGGUUUUAAUUGUUUGUUUUACUAACUAGUUAUACGUACUAACUUUUAAAGGUUCACUUCUCAAAACUAAUUGUUCUUAAAAAAAAAUUCUACAGUCAUUCAAUUUUAAGUUGACAUGAAUACAUUAUAAACUGGCACAAAGAUUGACUGGUUGUUGUUGUUUUUUAUUAUUAUUAUUAUUUAAUUUAAUGAAGCAGUAAUAUUUUUUAUUGAUUAGGGUGGUUAUGGUUAAAAUAUAUAUCUGAGAAAUGGACAAAAGUACUACCAUAAAAGUGUACAAAAAUAUGGUUGCAAUAUAGCAAAAUGUAUCUCAAGUAUGUAAUACAAUUUUUAUAUUAGUUUGACUGGUUUGUUUUAGUUUUAAAUGAUGACAGAUAUAAGAAAAUAUUAACUAAACUUGCGAGCCAUAAUAAUCGACAUUCAUUGGGCGAUAUGUUUUUGUAUUUAACGAAAAAUGUGACAUAAUGAGAAUUUUUUUUAACCCAUGAGGAUUUAUUUACUUGUAAAAUUGAUUCUAUUUUCAAGUGCAAUUAUAAGUAUUACUAAUUAAUGUGAAAAUGAGUGUAAAAUCACGGUAGCGGACUAACUUUUCUUGUGUCAUCUAUUGGGACAGGGUCAUUCCAUAUGAAAUCAACCAGAGGCCUUAACCUUUACACCUUAGAUUUUCAUGUUUUUUGUAUAUUGGCAAUAUCAACUAAAUACAUCAUAAAUUUAUUUUUUCUAAAAAAAAAAUUUUGAGUUUUUUUUUUUUUUUAAUUUUUAAUUUUUGAAAAUUGCAAAAAUAGCCAAUUUUAGCAAUGUUUUGGAUCACUCAAAUACUUGUAGGUUUCCAACUAAUGGUGCUAGAAGGCUGUUUGACAGCUCAUUUUAUAGGUCAUUGAAUGGGCUUCAAUUUGAUAUGUAACAUGACCAACUUCGGGGAAAAAAAUAAUUUUUAUUUGUUUUCAAAAUUUUUAAUAUUGAAUUUCUAAAAAAAAACACCAUUUUCGAUUUUUUUUUUUUUUUUUUUUUUAAGUAUGUUAUUCGUACAUAUAUUGGUUAGAUUUGUGCCAAAUUUCAAGGUGGAGAAUAAAUGGGAUCAUGAGUAAAUAAAAAUGAGAAGUUUAGUAGAUGCUUAAGGGGGCAUGUUAGAUAAAAUAAAUGCUUUAAGUGUCAGUUGGACGUUAUUGGUUUUUGGAAGACAACAUUGAAAAACUGCAAAACAACAAUCCUACAUAAUGUUAUUUGCCAACUUUAUUAGCAGACGUCCUAAAAAGACAAUUCUCGAGCAUUGUUUCUUCCGCAGCAAUUAAAUGUUCGAAAUUACCAAGGCAGAAGUUUUGGCUUCAAGUAACCUUCAGUUUUUAAUUCAGCAAGAUCACGUGCUUUGUAUUAUCAUAUUGAUCAAAUGUUUAAUCAAAGAACACUGGAUGAAUGUAAGGUAAGAUUUGUUAUCCGUUUUUUUAUAAUUUGCAAAAAAAAUUUAGUCUACAACAAUAAAAUUUGAUGUAAAAUUAUGCUACUCUUCCUUGCUACAACUAUUUCUUAAGGCGGCAUGGUAUCUAAACCAGAGCUAAAUGCAUUAAUUGCCCAUUCAAUGACCUUUAAAAUGAGCUGUCAAACAGCCUUCUAGCACCAUUAGUUGGAAACCUACAAGUAUUUGAAUGAUCCAAAACAUUGCUAAAAUUGGCUAUUUUUGCAAUUUUCAAAAAUUUAUACAAAAAAAAUUACUCAAAAUUUUUUUUUUAGAAAAAAUAGAUUUAUAAUGUAUUUAGUUGAUAUUACCAAUAUACAAAAAAUCAUAUAAAUCUGAAACAUGAAGUUUCUAAAUUAAUUUUUCAUUGGUUGAUUUGAUAUGGAAUGACUCGACAGUGUAAUAAACACUAGCAUCUGCAUCACCAUGUGACGAAGCUUGCUUCAGUAUGCCUCUAACAACUUUUUAAACCUUGGUUUUUUGAAAGUUGGGUGUGCUAUAAGUCAUUGCUAGAGGCUGGAAAAAUUACCGUAUAAACCCACGUACCACCCGCACCCUUAUUUUUAGAAUGCCAUGGUGGGAAAAAAUGUUUUUAUUGCAAAUCUGCAUGGAAAAAAAUAAUUUAGUCAUGAUUUCUUUUCCUUUCAAACAGUAAAAAAUCGUAAAGAAUUACCAAAAAAAGUACUAUGCUACUUAUUACAGCCUCGGCAUUUGUAUUAAAAGUACAGAAGGCAGGCAACUGCUAUGUGGCAACAUCGCGCGAGUAGAACGUGGCAUCGACGCGCGCGAUCAAGAACAACACGCCGUGUAUGCGCGUGACCUUGCCCAGCUCCCAGCUGUUUACAGUUACAAUCUUCCGCGUCCAUUAUCGUGCGCCGGGCAAUGACCUCGUUCAAACAAAUAAACGAUAAAGCAUGCGAGUCCUAGCCACGCAUAAAAAAAAAACUAUUUUUAUUACAUGCAUAAUAAAAAAACCUUGUGCCUAAAUGUGGCAUAUUCUACAGCUUCCGCAGCUUUAACACAUGCCUCUGAAAUGCUAUUAAUUUCUCAUCGUAGCUUGUCGGUAAACGCUGGCAGAUUGUAGUACGCCGCCUCAUGGACAGACCCUUUCUUACCAUGAACCUACGCAUCCAGUUCCUACUUGCUUUAAAGCCUUCACCCACGCCAAGUUCACGAGCAAUUUGCAGUGCCUUUAGCGAACACAUUUCCGUGCUUACAGCGAACCCAAAUUGCAGUCUGUCCUGUAUGUAGUCGUAGAGUUUUUCCUCUAUCUCCAGAAUCUUUGCUACCGCACCACGGAACGCACGUCUAUCGCCACUGGCCGAAAGAUGUUUGUCUUUACUUUUCCUCCAAUCCCUCACACAUGAUUCGUCGACAUCAUAUCUGUAUUUUCGCCCAGCAGCACGGUUACCGAUUUCUUCCGUUUCACUGAUUACGUAUUUUUAAUUUUUCCACAACACUGUGAAAGAACGCAACUUUUUACGAUUCAUUACAAUACUUGCAGCCAACACACGUGUAAAACCACUGGGUACUUUGCAAAUGAGGAUAGGACAGUGCGUGGUAGCGCGCGUUUGUAACCAGUGAAGCUGCAGCGUGACAACGCUGUGAGAAAUGUGACCUUGACUGUCUGCCGCUUCCUUCCCCUCCUUUCCCCCUACCCCUCUUGCUAUCGCAGCAACCUCCAGUCGCGCCUGUGUUAUUUCAUCACCGUGCAAAAAUGGCCCAAGACCCACGUAACACCCGCACCCUACUUUUUCAAACCUGAUUUUUUUUUAAAAAGGUGCGGUUGGUACGUGGGUUUAUACGGUAGCAUGAAUAUUUUUUUUUUUUAACUGUAUAAUCUAUUAUCAUAAAAUUAUCAUUUUUAUGCUACUUAAAAAAAAUUGUUAAUGCCUGUCUAAAUUAAAAAUUCUAAUAUUUAUUUUACUAAAUAAAAUUACCUGUGUAAUAUACUACCAAAAAUGACAGUAAUUCACACCAGAUUGAUUGGUUUGGAAUUAUAUUUUGUUAUCUUGGAUACAUCACAGAGACAUGGCAAUGUAAGAAUGCAUGGUCACGUAAACUAGAGAAAGAAUAAUGACCAAUCACUACAUUGGUCAAGGUAACAUUUGAAGGAACACCUAUUAUGUGCAGUACUGCUGUGGUGUACUUACCACUAGCGCUAAAGCAAAAUGUAAUAUAGUACAACCUCUUUUGUUUUCAUAUUAUUAGCCAUCCACACAAGAGAAAAUCUACGGCAAAUAUGGUAGACAUGUUUUUGUGUAUUAAGCUGAAGUGCAGAGAAGUCUUAAAUGAAAAACAUACAUUAAAAAUAUUUCAUUAUACAUGCACAUGUGUCCCAGAAAAACUGCAAAAUACAAAUAUAAAAUGAAUCAGGUCACUGAAAUCUACAAGAUUGGUUUUUCUUCUACUUCUUCUAAAUGUGAAACAGUACCUACUUGUUAAAUGUGUAGCAGUUACAUAACAUUUUUAACAUAUAUAGCAGUGGGGAAAAGGCAUUUAUUUCAAAAUUUAGCUGGGGAAAAUAAUAUAAUUCAAAGAGUAAAUAAAAAAUAGCAUAGAUAGCAACUAAUUAUUCCUGCCCACUCACUGCAUGCAUCUCUAUCUUAGCAAAAUGUAUAGAUGCACCACUAGCAUUUGUGCACACACAUUGGUUCUGAUGUCAGAAAUGAGCUGUAUAAACGUUCUCUUUCUUUUUUGAUGUAAAUUAUUUUAAUUUAACAGUUAGCAUUGUAUUUACUCCAUUUAUGAAGAAAAAACAAGUUUUUAAGAAAAUAUUUAUUUCAGCUACAAAUAAUUUUUCAUCGUUAAUGGAAGAAACUUGUUUGUAGUAUUGUAGUAUCUGUAUAUUUACUUAUUGAAAGCCCUUUGAAAGUGUUCACAUUAUAUUCAUUAACAUUGCUGUGAAAUAUUGACUAUGAUUUCAAGUGCUUUGUAUCAAAAAAUUCAUACUAUGCUGUCUGAAAAAUUACACAAUUUGAAAACUACGGUGGAACUUUGUUAAAAGUUAGCCCACUUUAACUUUAAUCUCUGGGUAACCAGUUCCAAUUUAGACUAACAGAUAAAAAGAUGAAAAAUGCCUUUCAUACAAUUAGGCCUGUGUGAAUAUUCAAAUUUUCAAAUAUCAAAAUGAAUAGUUUAUUAUUUGUAUUCAAUUCAAUUUCAAAUACUAACACUUUGAAAAAACAAAUAUUUUGUAAUUUAUGAAUAUGGCUAUGUGGAAUCUUGAAAGCAUGGAAAAAUUUGGGAUUACAGAUGAUUUUCUCAUCUGGUGGGGGCAAAAUUUCCACAGGAUGUAAGUAAUAUUUUGGGUUAUUUAUGUGAAGUUUUUUGCUACAUCUAUCCAUGUAAAUUUAAAAAGACUAAUAUAGUAAAGCCGGAUUUAAGACAGUAAUUGGGAACCAUUACUAACACCCACAUAAUCAGCUAAAGUAUUUUACAGAGAAGAGAGAGUGGCACUAUAAAAAAAAUUCUGAACAUUUGGAUUAGGGAUUUAUAUUACAUUUUUGGCUUGUCCUGGCCAAUCAAAACUGAACUAAUAGCGUCAUCUAAUUUAGAGUUCUAUUAGGAAUACUUGCAAUAAAAUACUUCAAUAUAAAAUUAAAAUUCACUAAUUUAAAAAACAAUAUAAUUACAAAAAUGCUCCCCUAUUGGCUAUUAAGUAAUCGUAAAAAUUCCAAAGACAUUGAAAGUAAAAAAAUGAAAUAAAUAUUGCUAAAAUUAAUGCACAGAUGCAAAACUCAGAAUUUCAAAUAGUAAUUUGGAAUAAGACAUUAAAAUAUAAAGUUAACAAUUUUGAUAGAUUAAUUAAUUUAAAGAAUUUAAAGAAGAAUACUCCUUAUACCACUAAAUCAAACAAAUAUUUUUUACCACUGCUUAAAACUAUAUUUAGGUUUAGAAGUUCCAAUAACUCCCUUCUUUUUAUAUUUAAGUAAUUUGAUAAAUUGAUGCACAAUACUUCAAAAAUUAAAAUAACUACAAAACUUGUCAAAAAUUAAAACAAUAACAAUUUUUGUACAUUGCAUUUUUUAAAUGUUUUUUACUGUACUUUUUAUUUUUAUAUUUGUAGUUUGCUCAUGAACAAAUAAAUUUUUCAGAAAAAUGUUGAAUGUUUUAAAUGCAGUUUUUUUUUUUUUUAUUAACUCUUAUCAAUAUAUGUAGGACUGUUGUAUGUAAUACAUUUAGUGCCUCAGCAUGAAUUGUUGAUGCAGAUGACCAAUGUUAUUGUGCUUUAUAUGCACGUAUUAUUUCAUGUUUUAAUUUUUAAUGUCGAUAGACAAAAUCCACUACACCUAUCCCUCACUUAGCACGACUAAUUUGUUCCUAAAAAUUCUUGUGUUGUUCGAAAUCGCAUAUUCUGAAGCAUUAGUUUCCAUUAAUAGCCAGGCUUAUUUAUUUAAUGUGUUCCAAAAUUGUGUAGGAAAAUAUAUUUUACAUAAUAUAAAUGCGUUGAAUAACAACUAUAAAUAUGUCACACCAUUUAUCUUUAUAUGCUUCCUAUCACACUUUGCAUGACAUAUAUGACACAGCGUAACGGGAGAUACGUGGUUAUGUACAUUAUUGUCAGUCGACUGGCUGACUUGCCCGCCCGGGCGUGACCUUCAACUUCCAUCGCGUACCUUUCCAAACCAUCCUUUACUGACAGUGAAACCUAUAUUACUGUCUGGAUAGUUACAUUUUAAUUUUUCAAAAAUUAAAGUGCUUAUUCGCGUAUCACCACCUGGUUCACACCAUUCAUGUCAGUCCAAUGAUUAUUUUUUUCAUUGCAACAUUCAUUUGAAAACCUUUUCCACGUGAAUCAUCUGUUAAUUUCUGUUCCUGUAUCUAAUGUCAAAUAUAUUCCCGCUAGUACAACCAACAGCAUCAGACUUAUGUAUAUAAACUAUUUGUAAGAACCCUUAUUUCGUACGAUUAUGUGCACAGUUGACUUGCUUAAAACUAAAGUGCGACCAACAUAAGCAUGUCCUUCAUGACUAUCUGCGUGCCGUAAUACUUCUAGUUUUGUCUCACAUACUUGAACACGAUGCAUUAUAAGUGAUCAAGCACAUGCAGUUACCGGCAGAUGAAUGUGCAGCCGUUGCUUUUGUUUGAGUGAAUUACCUACUAUGGGUUCUGCGAAUAUUUGAAAUUUCCGAAUUCAAGUUCGAAUUUUUUGAUAUUUGAUUCGUCAAUUCGAAUCAAAUUCAUUUUACAAUAAUUUGACUUGCAAAAUCUGGCCCGGAUACGCUAAUAUAAGACAAAGCCCCAACCCCCACUCCCCUCCCCAUGUUUAAAAGAAAUGUUAAUGGACGAUUAUAUCUUCCACUUACAAAAAUUAUACAGCGAAACCCCUUCUUUAUGUUACCGUUAUUUACGUUUUCCUGUUAUUUGAACCAUUUUACUUCUGUCCAGUUUUAACCUCAUUUGAUGUAAUGCAAUAAAUUCCCGUUGUUUACAACGUGCCUAUUGCUUUAUGCAGUUUACGCCGUUCGUUUUGAUAAAACUGCUUACUUAAUUAAUCCUAUUACAAAGUAAUCUGAUGUGUAAAUCGUGUUUUAAAGACUUUUUAAAAGUUAUAAACUUCAUCUUUAACGUCUCGGGAGUCUCUUUAUACCGCUUAUAAAAACGUAAGCAGUGCCAGUUUGGUUGUAUUGAUUCCUGUAUUCCCGUAUAGAGCGCACGCACGUAGUCGAAGAUUUAUAUCGAUAGCUCUCAGACUGCAUGCACGCGCGCGCUCUGUCAGGAACCGAGUUAACCCGCAAGAUCGUUGUGCGUAAAGUUACAAAUCGCGUUCUUGUUGUAUCUUUUUUUUUUUUACGUUGAAUAAAAUGGUUUUAUGGCAUCACUCAUUAAAUUAAAUUUUUUGGCGUGCUUUCACAACGUCUACUUUUUAAAUAAACGUACUUUCCAUGAAUAGGUGUUGUUUUUAUGAAUUUCUUCUUUUUUUUUCCCCCCCAUAAUAGUAGCACCCACGGUCUCACCGCUAAUUUUCAAACUUGAUUUUAGAAUAAAAUGUGCGAUGCUUAAGCGAUAAAAACGGUAAAUGUGUUAUUUUUCUUUUGUACAACUUCCUUAUGCUGUGAUAUUUUUAUUAAUAUUUUUAUCCUUGAAAGUCAAACAUGCUAAAUAUGGUAAGCUGUGAUACUUUUUAUGGUCUUUCCUUUAUUUACACUUUCCUGCUUUUUAAACUUUUUUACUUUGACCCCAUGAAAAGUGGAAAUAAGUUUUACUGUAAAUAAUGUGCGUAGCCAUGUUACACUUUAUAAAAUAACCAACUAAAACUGUCAAAUGUUCAAACACACUAAUGAUUGCCAGUCUGUAAAUUUACAAAAUACAGUAAUUAGUGUGAUUUUAUGUUAGUGCUACAGACAUAUAAUUUUUAAUUUUUGAGAAUCUGGUUGUGCUUCUUCAAUAUAGUCUCACUUUAAUUUUAGUUACUUGAUUUAAACUGUGAAUUAUGUGACAAGUUUUUCAAAGGUGGUAUGUUAAAAUUUUUUAAUGAUCUAUGUUAUUUUAAUAAAUAUUCUCAAAUUCGACUCGAAAAAAAUUCUAAACUCGUGAAUUAAGUGAAAUAAGUUUUACUGUAAAUAAUGUGCGUAGCCAUGUUACACUUUAUAAAAUAUCCAACUAAAACUGUCAAACGUUCAAACACACUAAUGAUUGCCAGUCUGUAAAUUUACAGUAGAAUCCCACCGAUACGACCCCCCUAUAAUGCGUCCAUUCCGUUUAUACGAUAGUUUUUUGAGAAACCGUGAAAAAUUUGAGCAGAGAAAGUUGAAAAUUUGAGUAAAAUCGGCUGAAAAACAAGUCUGUUACACUUUGUUGGCGCUAUGUGUUCACGUUUAUCUUGGCAAGCGCUGUACUGUAAGCAGGCAGGCAGGCAUACAAAAGAUGGCUAAAAAUAGAUACCACCCCUCUAGACUGUCCACACUAGCCAAUACCGGUAAACUGCGCGCAUCACCUGAUAGCAUCUACGCCCGCGUCUAUUGCCGUCCCGGUCCCGUGCCUUUGUCUUGCGACUGGUUAGUGUGAUCUUGCUCACUUGUGGAUACGCUACUCUCGCUUGUUGAUUCGGAUUUCUCUUGGUUUUUAUUAGUGAUUAUUGACGACUUAUUAGACACUGUUUCUUGGAUGCCGAUUUGGUUACACUACUGGUUUGGUUUUGUGAAUAAUUGUUGACACACACAUUUGUUUUUGGAUUUUGAUUUGGUAACAUUGUUGGCUUGAUUCUAUGAAUUUCAAGUGUGCAUGAGAGAUAAGAUAAAGAAGGUGAAGAGGGUGAGAGCUGCCCGCCAAUAUAUUUGUGGGAGGGGGAGACCGAGAUAAAAGAGAGUGAGCCCUGCAGCAAGCGGAAGUGGUCAAGGUCGACAUUUACCGUCACACUCUCGCUAGCUAACGAUGCUGCUGGUCGCCAGCCUCCCUCACACACACACACACACACACACACACGCAUCCGUAUAAAAGAUGUAUUUUAAAGUAUAAAUCUAAUAUUUAUUCGGAAAUUACCACUUAUUUAAUUAACGGAAAUACCAAGUUGUCUGACGUGUAAAUUUUCUUUUAAAGACUUUUUAAACGUUAUUAUCUUUAUCUGAUCGUCUGCGUCGCCGCAGUGUACCAGUGUAGAUAUCUUUUCCGUAUAAAAUAAUGUAUUUUAAAGUAGAAAUUUAAUAUUUAUUCGGACAUUACCUCUUACUUAUUUAAUUAACAAAAAUACGAAGUUGUCUGACGUUUAAAUUUUCUUUUAAAGACAUUUUUAAAAGUUAUUUACUCUUUCUGAUCGUCUGUGUCGCCGCAGUGUACCGCUUUGUAAACAUGUAGCCAGCGCUAGUUGGCAUCAUUCUUGUUUGGUUAUGUUGUUUCCCAUAAAGAGCGCGCGCACGUAGUCGAAUAUCGAUAUCUCGCCGAUUGCAUGCAUUGCGUGCUCUUUGUCAGGUGCCGCACUCUUUCGUGGCAAGUUACGCGUUAGUUCACGUCACAGAUUCAAGUGGCUUGCGUUCGCGUCACAGUUUGGUUUUUCUAUUUAAAGUUGAAAGGUUUUUGUUUAAUGAAUUAUUAAUAUAAAUUGUUUGGCGUGCUCUUGUAUACUCCACCUUUUUUUAAAUAAACGUACUUUCCAUGAACAGGUUUUAUUUUUAUGAAUGACUUUACCUAACAAUUUUUUUUUCUCCGCAUAAUCGUCGCACCCCUACUUUUCAAACUUGAUUCCACUUGCUAACAAACUGGUCAAAUUGCAAGGAAUUUAGAUUACUACCACCAUCGGACAUAACUCCCACUGAAAUUCCUAACUUAGAAAAAAAAAUGACUUCAAGUGCCCAAUCACACAUGCACUUGUUUCAUUUUUCAGUUUAUGGAGCUCUACGUAUUUAGAGUAGAAAUCCACAAUUGGGCAGGGUGCCAUAAAUUUUAAUAAAAUUUUCUUAUAACUUAUUUUUAUAUCACAGGGUUAUGUUUAUAUACAUACUAUUCGUGGGAAAGUAUUGCAUUCAAUGUUAGAAAUUUGUUUACCCAGUAUUUGUCACACUUUGGGCCAACUAGAUUCACUGUGGCUCGGGUUCUUUUUUUUUUUUUCUUAAACUAUUUUCUCAUUCGUCGAGCAGAAAUCCUCUAUCUGGUCCUUCUCAUUUCUGCUUCUCGAUCCUCUGGCAUCCAGCACUUUACUAGCGUACAUUUAGGUCUACCACUAUCCAAGUGUCAUGGCAAAACUCUGUUUUCCUUCCUUUCUUUUCAUCAAUUAUAUUACGUUGUGUACUUUUUCUAUCAAUAUCCUCAUGUUCAGAACUCCAGUUCAGUCCGUUUCCACAUCUAACGUGUCGUGAUCGUGGGAAGGGGUUGUGGGUUUGACCUGAAGCCCUGGCCAACUCAAAUUUAUGAGCACGCCAUAUUCUUGGAGGUCCGCUGUUAGACGUGACUUGUAAAACACUUUGUUGUUCACCUUUUGUUAUUCCUGUCAAUGCUUAUAUUGUACGGGCUAGCUCCGUAGCUAGAGCCUGUGAACAACUGUUCUUGAGGGCUUUGAACCACAACGGCCAUCCACACCAUCCUUGCUGUGGCUGUCUUAAGUUGCACGGGUAGGUAGCACUUAUGGGAGGAAACUCCACGUGAUCACAAUGUAACUCUUCCUGCCUUUUAUUAAAACAAACUGCAUCAGUACCAUCCAGAGAGAACUAUACACAGUUUCGGCACUUCCGUUAGUCCAAGUGUUUUUUAAAGUUCCUCUUCGUAUAUUUUGGAGAGAACAAUAGUUACAAACUUAUACCAACUUCUGUGUGUUGUUUGGACUCUUAGCACAUUUCUUGGGACUUCAAAAAGUGUAUGAACAGUGAUUUUUUAUUAACAGGGUUUUUAUCAAUUGUAAUUCGCCAUGGGUUGUUGUAACUAAAAAUUACUAAUGCAAUGUGCUGAGUGACAGUGUUAUAUGCUGUUAGGAUUUUUUCAAUUUGUCUAAAUGUCUUGUUAGCAUAAUUUUGAAAUGUUUAAUGUAACAACCAACUUUCAUAGAUAUUCUUUAUGAGCAAAUAUUUCUAAAAAGGAUAAGUGUAAAUAUUUUUAGAAAUUUUAUUAUGUACAUUUUUAAUAAAGAACUAAAACAAAUCUGUUU